GAGUAUUUAUUCGUCAGUGCGCUAGACAGUGUAACAAAACGCGUGGGCCAAUGCGCGUUUGCCGAUGCGUCUUUAAGCAACAUUUCUAUUUUCGAAAUUUCAACGCAAUGUUCGCCGACAUCGUUAUAUGUGCAGGUCUGGCUGUUCUAGUCGCUGCGCAAUCUAAGUCACCGGUGCCCCAGGUACCCCAGGUACCCCAGGUUCCACUGGUUCCAAAGAUACCUCCGGCACCUUUGGCAACCACGACACCCCCUGGACCUCCGCGUGACAGCAACCCCGAUUGUGAUGCUUGGAUGAAAAAGGUGCCCGGGCACCUUUACAGCACCUGCUCCUUUAUCUGUGAAGGAGAUGAAGACUUUGUCUUGAGGGACGGCCAAUCGUGCUUUAUUCAAGACCCACUUGAAGAGAUGCCAGUCAGAAGAGGUGUAAGAACCAUCACAGGGGACAUGGGAACCUGUAAAAAGGGAAAGUGCGUCCUUCUACAGAGCGGGGAGCCACCAAAAAUGCCUGAAACGCCAAAGCCAAGGCCGCCAAGCGACAUCAGUCCAGAUUGUAAUCGUCCGAAUGCCACCGAUUACGUUUUCGAGAACUGCUCGUUUGCUUGUGAAGGCGAUGAACUAUUCGUCAUGCGCAAUCAUGAACCGUGCAUACUUCCAGGGCAAUCUUCCUCCAGCGCAAUAUCCUCAGUAAAGGGAAGUGUGGCUGCUUUCGUCACGGGAGUUUGCAUAGAAGGAAAAUGCUACCUUAAGGACACUUUGGCUCCACCGCAAAAGCCUGGGCAACCAGGGCCCCCACGUGACACUAAUCCGGAUUGUGCUGCUACGAAGACGAAGCGUGCCAAUUAUCUUUACCACAACUGCACGUUUCCCUGCGAAGGAGAUGAAGAAGUGUCGUUGAACAACAAAGAAUCCUGUAUACUUCAAGCAGCGUCACAACCAGGUACAAAAAAUCAAGUACAAGGAGUUCAGGGUUCUGCAGACAUGGGAUUUUGCAAAGAUGGAAGAUGUGUUUCCCAGAACGACAAGACACCAUCGUUACCCACUGGAAAACCAAAACCCCCACGUGACACUAAUCCGGAUUGUAAUGCGUGGAAAACGAAUCAAAGAAAUUAUCUUUAUCAUAACUGCACGUUUGUCUGCGAAGGCGACGAGGAAGUGCCGUUGAGGAAUAGACAAUCCUGUGUCCUUCCAGCAGUACCACAAUCACCGACACAAAGUAAUGUAAACGGAGCUCUAGGUACUGUAGACAUGGGUGUCUGCCUAGACGGUAGAUGUGUUCCACAGAACAACAAGAUACCACCGCAAAUGCCAAAGCUUCCGUUGCCCAAACCACCAAGUGACAUUAACCCGGAUUGCAAUCGGCCCGAUUCUACCGACUACGUUUUUCAGAACUGUUCGUUUGUUUGUGAACGAGACGAAGCAACUUAUUUGAACAAAAGUGAGAAGUGCGUUCUUCAAGGCCAGUCUCCAACCGCCAUAUCAACUUCAUCAGAAGGAAAUGUGGCUGCUUUUGUUACGGGAGUCUGUAAAGAGGGAAAAUGCGUUCUUCCAAGUGCGGUUCUACCUCAAAACACUGCAAGACCAGAAGUGCCACGUGUAAGAAACCAGGAUUGCAGAUCUUGGAGAAAAAAGCGGAGUAAAUACACGUAUCGGAACUGCACGUUCGCAUGUGAAGGAGAUGAAGAGGUAUACUUGAGGAACAAUGAAAGAUGUUUUCUUACAGAUAGCCAAACUCCCUCCAUGUCAACACAAUCCGUGAAUUCAGUGAAUUCAGAGGGACGUAAACCCCCUAGAGGUGUCUGCAACAAUGGAAAAUGCGUUCCCAAACAGAGGAUGACUACGCCGAGCAUAGUUACGUCUACGGUGCCAGCUCCGCCCCGUGAACGCAACCCCGAUUGUAAGGCUACGGUAGCGAAGGUCCAGGGGUACGUUUACCACAAUUGUACGUUUGUGUGUGAACUAGACGAAGAAAUCUGCUUGAGAAACAACGAACUGUGUAUACUUCAAGAAGGCCAAGUUAAAUCACCCGCUACAAGUCUAACACAACACACAAGUGGGGCUCAAGGUGUCUGCCAAGAUGGAGUGUGCGUUCCUCAAAGCACGAAGAAGAGCUAGGCUCCACUACAAAUAAGCAUGCUAAAUAUAUUGCUGUGCCCCCUUUUGAUGUAACAAAUAAAGGUUAGCAGAGUGCUUU